CACGGCCACACUGCGUGAAGGUGUUUAAAAAUGGCGGCGGGAGCUGGCAUUGCCACCGAGAGAGUGCUGUUCCUGGGGCCUACAAUUCCGAAAGAAGUAAAAUGUCUGAAAAAAUUGCUGCCAAGUAUGGAGAAACAACUUUUCCGGGGCCUUCUGAAAGUCGCUGUCGCAGACUUCGAAGGAAGAGAAGUAAGCCCUAGUGUUUAUGAUGAAUUGCGAUCCCGUUCGGCUGAUCCAGACACGUUGGAUGAGGUCUACAGUGCACUGCACACAUUGCUUCGGGCGGCUUUGAAGUUGCCACUUUCAGUAUUGAAGCAAGAGGUUUUUCGAGAAGACCUUGAUGCACUGCGCAUACCACCAGAAUUUGCAGGCGACUUGGUCAGUGUCGUCUUUGGUGCCAGAAGGAACAAUAUUGACCAGCACAGCCUUGAACAAGGCCCUAAAUACCCAACGCUAGCGAGCCUGAAGUGGAGAGUCGACGUUACCAUAUCUACAAAUGCCUUGAGUAGGGUUCUUGAACCAGCCAUACAGAUGGAGAUGGAGACAUCUGACGGCGAAGUCCACACAUUUGAAGUUCAGAGAGCAGAAUUCCACAAGCUACGUCAUGCUGUUGCCACAGCAUUGAAAGAGAUGGAAGAACUUGAAAAGAAGAUUGAAAAAAUGCCACUGCAUUCACAACAGUAAUAACUACCUUGUGCACUAGAAUUCAACAUACUUUUACAUUAAAAGGUCUUUUGGAGACCA